UUGACAUUUCUCACAAACAUAACCACAAAAGUAACAAACACAUUUUCGUUAUAUAAUAAGUCCUGGAACUAAAUCAUGGGUCGUAAAAUUCCCGGCCGAAAACACCGCGGAGUCCGCGACCCCGAAAAACAACGAAUUGAAAGAUUCAAAAGAAUAAAAGACAAAAUAAACGCACCCCCGACCGAUCCAGACGAGCAGCACGUCCCUAAAAGCCUGCAACGCCUCUCCGAACUUCAAAGAAGAGCGAAAAACGGAGAUUUUACGCGCAAAAAAACGAAGAAACCGCGACCGAAGGAAAUGUUUGAGCAACACCCCGAUGAGCCAGAUCGCCUCUUUUUGCUGCGGGUUAAGCGCGAGUGUGCUAUGAUUCAGCACGAGGCCGCCUUUCAGCAAAAAUUCGGCGUGGAAGUGAAACGAAACGCGGAAGGAGAGAUCGAAGAAGUGAGGAAGCUGCCAAAAGAUCCGGUUCAGAUGAUGCUGAAGGAAGCGCGCAAACAGAAAAAGGGGAAGAACGCGAAAACGAAGGAAAGUAGCGAACCGAGGUUGACGAAAUCGCAGAAAAGGCGGCUAAAACUGGCGGAGAGAAAGAAGAAGAAAAUGGAUGGAAAGGUGGAUGGAUUUAAAAAGUUUGAAGAUAGAGUGAAGUUUGGGGAGCAAGCGCAUGCGCCGCCAACGCUGACGGCACCCAAAAAAGUUAAAAAUAGGGAUGAGGUGCCAAGGCCUGGAAAAAAGGAUUUGUUGUUAAAGUCGGUGCUUAACAAGACUAGCAACAAAGUUAUUGACAGAACUGGGAAGCGGAAAAAUCUGCCUAAUGCUCUUAGAAGACAACUAGAUAAACAACAGAAGGAAAUUGUUGACGCCUAUAGAUCGAUAAAAGGAAAAAAACUAAAUAUAUUACAGUGAAACAAACGCAAUAUAUAGAACUAUUUUAUUAACAAAGUACAAAACUCUUUCGUAUCAAAAAUAUACAUAACGCAACAUUUUCUUUUAAUGAAAAUAAAUAUUUUAUUAAGUAAAAUGUUAACACAAACUGACUCCAGCUUCUGAGAAUUUUUGAAUUUGGGUCUCAAGUCCAAGAAUUUUGGAAGCUAUUGGAGCUACAUUAACUAACAUCUAACAAAAACAUUUUCUUAAUAUUUCAGUAAACAAAACAGCACUAAGGUAACUUAAAAAAUAAGUUCUUGAGAUUCAUGAUCAAAAAUUGCUUAAAUUGUGUUAAUUUCCACGCUUGGAUAGGCAACGUAAGGUUGUUUUGACUUUAAAGUCUCAUAAAUGCCUAACACUAAUUCCCGGAAAAUGAUAGGAUUCACGUUUUUACCAACGUGGUAUAGAACAAAAAAAUCUCCAUAAGUGAACUUGUCAAUUAUGAACGUUGCUUGCUUACUUCCAAUAAAUCUAGCUUGUGCCAUUAAUAAGUAAAUUCGCAACUUUGGCAGAAAAAUAAUGAACAUACGAUAAAUCAAAGACAAAACUGUAACAGCAGAAAGAAAAAACAGCCAAAACCACAGCACUAUGAACAACUUUUCAUUUAAAAUAUUUAAGGGUAGAACACAAAGAGCGUCAAUAUUUUGCACUGACCCUGAGGGACCAUAGUAAUAAUACUGGCAUUUAGUCAGUUUUGGAAACACCUGGUUCAUGGGGUUUACAUCACCUUCCAUCAUCAAACUAAACCCAUAGAACGAGAACUGCCCUCCCAGGAACCAGUCCAUGAGAAAAAUUUGGGACACCUAAUAAUAAAUUAUGACGUCGGAAAUUUAAUUAAAAAUGGUUACUUACCACGUUGACUAGAUUCAAAAUUUCGCACAUAACGUACCGAAUGGCAUACAACUUAUGGAAGUAUUUACCAUUUAUUAGGUACUGAAUCAUUUGGGAUUUGGUUGUUGGAUUCCAGGCGGCCGUCACUAGAGGAGUGUUCAAAUCGCUGACUAACAAACGAAUGCGGCCCCCUUCCCAUGUCUUCCAGAGAUACCGUGGCAAGUAAAACAGGAGAGCUUGGAAGCAGAAAACAAUGCAAACCCAUUGGUAGUACUUCUGCCAGAUGAUGCGCUCGUCGUCGUCUUUCAUCCAGGGGGCGACUUUUCUACGUUCGUUACCCAGGCCAGGAAUGUGACCAGUCUUACCUAAACAAACAAUAGUACCAGUACUCAAUUUUCAAAAAUUUUACCUUUUAGUGUGUCUCUAUUGAUGUAUGUUCCAUAAAUCCAGCAGUACAUCUCAAUAA